GUUCUCACGCUAAUAUGCGAGAUCCGUACAGCCGAUUCGACUGCGCGGUCGCAUUCCGCCCCGACUUCCCCUCUGCCAGCGGCCUGGUGGUUUGAGAUGAGUAGAAGAUGUCGGUUUCGGGGCUGAAGGCCGAACUGAAGUUUUUGGAGUCAAUCUUUGACCCAAACCACGAACGAUUCAGAAUAAUAGACUGGAAACCCGAUGAACUCAGUUGCCAAUUCAACGUAACAAGGGAGAAGCUGCUGAUCAUCCACUGCAACAUCACGGAAUCCUAUCCCUCAACGCCACCAAUAUGGUUUGUCGACUCUGAUGAUCCCAGUCUGGCUGAAGUGUUGGAGCGCCUAGAAGAUGUGAGGAAAGGCAGCACAUUGCUUCUACAGCAGUUGAAGCGCCUUAUUUGUGAUCUCUGUCGUCUUUACAACCUGCCACAACAUCCAGAUGUAGAAAUGCUGGACCAGCCUCUACCAGCUGGCCCGAUCACCCAAGACAGAAAACACGGGUUAUCAGGUGACGUGACAUCUGAAGAGGAAGAAGAAGACGAAAUGGGAGAGCAGGAUAUUGAUCUGGACCAAGACCUGGACCAUUACGAAAUGAAAGAAGAGGAGCCGGUGGAUGGAAAAAAGUCAGAAGAUGAAGGGAUAGAAAAAGAAAAUCUGGCUAUCUUGGAGAAAAUCCGUAAAAAUCAGAGACAAGAUCACUUGAAUGGUGCAGUCUCUGGCUCAGUGCAAGCCUCAGACCGCCUAAUGAAGGAACUCAGGGAGAUCUACAGGUCACAGAGUUACAAGACAGGUAUUUAUUCAGUCGAACUAGUCAAUGACAGCCUUUAUGAAUGGCAUGUGAAGUUAAGGACGGUAGACCCAGAUAGUCCAUUACAUAGUGACUUGCAGGUCUUAAAAGAAAAGGAAGGAGUGGAUUACAUUUUGCUCAAUUUCUCUUAUAAAGAUAAUUUUCCCUUUGACCCACCUUUUGUACGGGUUGUCUCGCCUGUGCUCUCUGGAGGUUAUGUUUUAGGGGGAGGAGCAUUGUGCAUGGAACUUCUCACAAAACAGGGCUGGAGCAGUGCCUAUUCCAUAGAAUCUGUCAUUAUGCAGAUAAAUGCAACUCUGGUUAAAGGAAAAGCCAGGGUGCAGUUUGGAGCCAAUAAGAACCAGUACAAUCUUGCCAGAGCACAACAGUCAUACAAAUCCCUGGUUCAGAUUCAUGAAAAGAAUGGUUGGUACACACCACCUAAAGAGGAUGGAUAAGGAGCUUCUACCACUAUGCACCGGGAACAUGUCUUUGAGUCGUCUUGCUUUCUUUGGAAUAUUUUCCCUCUCUGACUUACUGGGAAUAUAUCAUCGUUCUCACAGAAACCAUCUCGUGGCUCAUUUGACAAAUAUUCCCGUCACCUCGCUCCAGGAAAGACUUUAUUCCGGUCUCACUUUGCUUCUCCCCCUCAGUGUUUUAGUGAGGAGGAUUAUGUGAGGUUAUCACUAGUUCUGUUUUCUAAAUAUGCUCAUUUGUCUUUUGAAAACAAACAAA